AUGGCGGCGGCGGCAGCGUGCCUGUCGAUUCGUCUCUGGGCGCUCGUCGUCGUGCUCGUCUUCUUCUCCCCGACGUCGUCCGUGGCGUCGUCGAGGAAGCGGUACAAGGUUGGCGGCCGUGAAGGGUGGCGCGUGCCCCCGCCGCAGGACAAGGAGAUGUUCUACGUCAAGUGGUCGUCCGCCGUAAACUUCUUCGUCGGGGACUCCCUUGAGUUCGUGUACAAGAAUGACUCGGUGAUCAAGGUGAGCAAGGCUGGAUACUUUCACUGCAACGAGACGGUGGGCAUCGGCAGCGGCACCGUGCCGAGGGACGGCAACACGCUCUUCCCCCUCGACAUGCCAGGCUUCGUCUACUUCGCCAGCGCUGACCUCGGACACUGCAAAGACGGUCAGAAGCUCAUAAUUCACGUCCUCGCCGGCGAGCCACCGGAGCCGGCAACACCGUCAUCGUCGGCACAAACCCCGCCGGCACCUUCAGGAUUGUCGUCCUUCUCUCCGGCUCCAGGGCCGGCCCAGUCGAUAGGGUAUUCAUCAGCCGGGGGCGGGCCAUUCGUGGCGUCCCUCGGGCACGCCAUAGCACUAGCUGCAGCAUUGGUCCUGGCCUGCUCUAUCUGAGCAAAUCUAAGUAGGUUACUUGAUUGAUUAGUUCGUUAGUGUGUGAUGUGCGUGUGAUAAUCAAGGACCAUAGAUUU